AUGGCAGGGCCGGAGGGGGAAGGGAGGGGAACAUUGGGGAGGGUGAUCAGCUUCUCCGACAUGGUCUUGGAGUUCUUCGAGGUGGACUCGUCGGCGGCGGCGAGGUUCUCCGACGACGGCGGCGAUGACGAGGGGGCGGAGAGAUCCGAUCAGCGCGGCGGCGGGGAGGAGAGCAAGGCCUUCUGGGAAUCGCAGCAUCAGCUUCUCCGGGUGAGAAUCCUUGGCGGGCAUCUCCCUACCACUUCUCCUCUCCUCCUCAUUGCCAUUCUUCUAACUCUCUCCCUCUUUCUCUCUCUUAGGCGGCGCUGUCGAAGAGCAGCUCGCUAGAGUCGCGGGUACGCCGGGAGACGGAGGCGGCCCUGGGGAAGAUCCGGGCUGAACAGCGCCUUUGGGCCUGCUCGAGAAAUCCCGCCGCAGAAUGCCGGAGCUGCCUGCUGAACAAGGUAUCGGAGCAACUCCGGCGAGCCGGCUACGAUAGCGCCCUCUGCCAUUCCAAGUGGCGCAGCUCUCCCGACAUCCCCAAAGGUACUUCCCAACUCUUUCCCUCCCCCCCUCCUCUCUCUCUCUCUCUCUAACCUUGCGUUUAUCAGUGUUCACUUAGACAUCACUAUUCUCUGGUUCUAGUUUCUCUCUUCCCUAUCUGCGACCAUCUAUCAGUUCCAUCGACCUCGAGAUUCUCUAUAAUCUCUCUCUCUCUCAUCUCUUUCUUUCUCUGAUCUGUGUGCGUGUUAUCUCAGGAGAGCACACGUACAUCGACGUGGUGGAGGAGGUGGCAGCCGCGGCGGAGGGGAAGAAGUCUCCGCCGAGGGUGGUGGUGGAGCUGCGCUUCCGGUCGGAGUUCGAGGUGGCGAGGGCCAGCGCGGAGUACCGCCGCCUGCUCGCCGGCCUCCCGGAGGUGUUCGUCGGCAAGCCGGAGAGGCUGCGUGGGGUGAUCAAGGUCGUCUGCGGCGCCGCCAAGAAGUGCAUGAAGGACAACAACAUGCACAUCGGCCCCUGGCGGAAGCACAAGUACAUGCAGGCCAAGUGGCUCUCCCCUUGCGAGAGGCUGCCGCCCACGGCGCCCGAGCCGUUCUUCCCCGAGAACCAGCCGCCGCCGAGGGCUUCCAUGCGGGGCCCCUUCGAUCUUCCCGAGCAGAUGCGGAGCUUGCACCACCGCACGGCCGUUGAGGUCGUCUGA